CUCACUGACAUACAGGCCUGGGCUUUGUAGUCAUCUUAAAUAACUUUCCUCAACUAGAUCAGACCUUAUUAGCCAUCUUAAAAUGUCGUCCCAAUUAUGUGAACAUGUGCACCUCAUACCGCAGAUAAAACGCUGCGAAUUUGUGGAGACCAACAAGGAUUGCCUGGAAAACGUAUUUUUUAUAAACUACUUGCGUUGGCACUACUGCUACGUGGAUGAACGAAACAAAUUCAAUGCCUUCUGGAGCGUUCUGGCCAUGGUUUUCGUUGUCGGAUAUGUCUUUUGGAUGAUGCAGUUCACUGUCCUAAACUACUUUUGUCCCUGCUUGAAGGUAAUUGCCGAUUCAUGUCGCCUAAGCCAGAACACGGCUGGAGUUACAGUAUUGACCAUGGCCAAUGGAUCUCCGGAUCUAUUCGUGGCCAUAGCAUCACAACUAUCGGCGGGCAAAUUGACCUUUGUGGCGUGUAUGUCGCAGGCCAUAUUCCUGAAUUUAUUCGUCGGCGGAAUAGUGAUGAUAACCAAGCCAUUCGACAUGGGGCCCCACUACUUUCUGCGUGACUUUGGCUUUCUUUUCCUGAACGUAUCCUACUUUGACUUUAUUUUAAAACGUCCGGAGGGGAUCAGAUGGUUUUUGGCUCUGCCCAGCACCUUCAUAUUCAUUGGUUAUCUUGUGGUCGCUAUCGUCGACCAGAACUUGGUGGCGGCCCGUAUCCGAAAACUGGAACGAUUGCGGGGUGUCCAGGAGAAAAGUGAGCAUGAUGAGGAGCUGGAGUGGCUGAAAUCGGAUUUGCCGAUAAAACGCCAAGUGAUUGAUAGGACCGAGCGAAAAGGAGGUCGCAAUCGCAAGCUAUUCCAGCAGUUCUGGCACUCCAUCUACAAAUUCGACAAGGAGCGCUUUCGACGCGGAACAAUACUAUUGAAAAUCUAUAUAUUACUGCAGGUGCCAAUCGAGAUGUUGCAGCGUCUGCUAAUCCCAGUGGUGGAUGUGGAGAAGCCUCUCUACAACUGGUCCAAGCUCCUCUUCUGCUUUCAAUUGCUCGCCGUGCCGACCUACGUCUGCUUCAUAUUAUUUAAGGAUAGUUACUUUAAGGGGAUCCCCUACUUCGCUAUCGUGUUAAUGAUCAUGGUCAUCCCCUGUGCGUUUAUCUUCUUCCUCACCCGUACGGAUACUCCACCUAAAUUCUUUAAGAUGACAACCGCUCUGAGUUUCAUCUCCGUAGUCAUGUUGAUUUUUGGUCUGCUUUCCGAGGUGAAUUCCAUGUUUUUCGCAUUGGCCACGAUUCUGUCACUGACCCCUCAGUUUGCGGCGGCAACGGUUAUUUCCUGGGCCGUAUGCAGCAAUGAUCUGGUAACCAAUAUCUUGCUGGCCAACCAAGGAUUUGCUAGCAUGGCCUAUACGGCCACCUUCUCGACGCCUGUAUUGCAAUCCUUUGUCUUUUUAGCACUGCCACUUACUCGUGAAUCAUUUUCGAAAGGUCUAGCAGCGGCUUAUUUGCCUGAGGGAAAUUUGGGGGAGACGGUGUGCAUCUACGCGGAGGUGGGCCUGAUUAUCGGUCUGCUCUGCGCCCUCACCACAAAUUUCCAGAUGCGAAGGGCCUGCGGCUUUCUCCUGGUGUCCUACUACUUGUUCUUUUUCAUUGUUCUCUUUCUCGUGGAGUUUGAAGUGAUCGCAGGCUAUGGAUUCGAUUGAAUGAAUUCCACCAUUGACAUAUUAAUAAUUAUUAUGCAAAUACCUGAAAUGAUUUAUGUCCCAUUAAAUGGCCAAUUUGAUUCUAA